AUGGCAUGCAAACUCGAGGAAUCGCAAGGCGUCCGCCUGGCAAUCGAAGGAUGCGGCCACGGAACAUUACAUGCCAUAUACGCCUCAAUACAAGAGGCAUGCAAGCAGAAAGGAUGGCCUGGCGUCGAUCUCCUCAUCAUCGGCGGAGACUUCCAGUCAGUGCGGAAUGCAUACGACCUCAACUGCGUCAGCAUGCCGGCCAAGUAUCGGGAGAUGUGCGAUUUCCACGAAUACUACUCGGGCCAACGAGUUGCUCCAUACCUGACCGUAUUCGUCGGCGGCAACCAUGAAGCCAGCAACUACCUGUCCGAACUGUACUACGGAGGCUGGGUGGCGGCAAACAUCUACUACAUGGGCGCUACGAAUGUUCUCCAGCUCGGGCCCUUGCGAAUAGCCGGUCUCAGCGGUAUCUGGAAAGGCUUCGACUACCGCAAACCUCAUUUUGAGAGACUGCCUUACAACGAGUCCGAGAUGAAGAGCAUCUACCAUGUGCGCGAGCUGGACGUGCGGAAGCUGUUGCAAAUCCGAACGCAGGUGGACAUUGGCGUUAGCCAUGACUGGCCACAGGGAGUCGAGUGGAAGGGCAACUUCAAGCAGCUGUUCAAAUCAAAACGCUACUUCGAAGACGACGCUCGAAGCGGCAAACUGGGCAGCGUGGCUGCUAAGAAUGUCCUCGAUCGUCUGAGGCCGCCCUACUGGUUCAGCGCGCAUCUGCAUUGCAAAUACGCAGCAACCGUGGCACAUGGGGACGAGAGAGCUCCUCAGAAGCCUUUGCCAAACCCUAGUGGUGGCGCCACGAGCAAAAAGGACGAAAAUGAGAUCGACUUGGAUGAGGACGGCGAUGGAACGGCUGAAAGCAUAGCUGCAAUCAGCAAGAACCACGAUGAAAUCGAUCUGGACCUCGACGAUGAUGAUGAUGCUGAGCGACCCACAGAAGCCGCAUUGGGACUGAACACAACGCCAGCAGCCGCAGUGACCACGGCGCCGGCAAACGUAGACGAGAUCCACCUCGAACUGGACGACGAUACUCCCACGCAUACAAACGGCGCAAAUGACAAAGAAGCCCCAUCCCCCCUCGACCAAGCACGAGCCGCCCUCCCAGCAUCCUUCGCAAAGCCCAAAUCCCCAGAACCCAUCGAGCAUCCUCCAGACAUCACAAACACCACCACAAACUUCCUCGCCCUCGACAAAUGUCUCCCGCAUAAAGACUUCCUCCAACUCCUCUCCAUCCCGUCAUCGGAAACUGAUCUCGACCACCAGCGUCCCCUCCGACUAUCCUACGACCCCGAAUGGCUCGCCAUCACACGCGCCUUCACCCUCGCGGAACCACCCACCUUCGGCGGAGACGACCCCGCCUCCUCCUCCUCCUCCUCCUCCUCCUCCUCCUCCGCCGUCCCGCCCGCCAAAUCGCAAUCCGAAUACAAAUCUCUCGUCGACGAGCAGAUGCGCUGGAUCGAUGCCCACCUGAACAGUAGGGAAUCUCUCGUGAUCCCGGAGAAUUUCGCUAUCACGGCGCCGGUAUAUGAUGGAGGCCAUUUCCAGAACCCGCAAUAUCAGACCGUACGGGAGUUUCCGAAUCCGCAGACGAGGGCAUUCUGUGAGAUGCUGCGGAUGCCCAACCCGUUGGAGAUGAGUGAGGAGGAGUUGGAGGGGCGCAUGGCGAGGGGACCGAAGCCGGAGCCUGAGGGACAUUUUGGUGGUGCGAGGGGGCGAGGGAGGGGACGGGGUGGAGGAUUCGGUAGGGGAGGGCGCGGUGGCAGGGGACGAGGCGGAUUUGGGGGAGGACGUGGUGGCAGGGGUAAUGGAUUCAGGGGGAGAGGUAGAGGUGGAGGCCGAGGCUGA